GGGCUGAGAAUUGCAAGGUGUCAAGUGGGCAUUGUGAUCAUCAUCCCAUAUGAUCCUGCGCCCUUUUUUGCAUACUCACCAAAGGAAAGCGUCAACUUAGCAGGAAGCGAGGACUUCUAUGCCGAGUACUUGAAAGGUGACCCAAAGUCAGAGGGAGACUACCGGACCCAGCGGUUCGUUGAGUUGGCUCUCAAGAUUCCAGUGGAGUUUACCUUCUUGGAUAUCCAUGAGCGCAAGGGGCUCAAUGAAGACAUGGAAGCUUUGGCAACCAUCGCAGUGAAGUACAAGCUAGUUGAACAGACAGAAAUCAGUGAAGAAGUUCAGGAUUUUGGCAAGCAAGAUUUUGAGCAGCCACGGCCGUACUACAAAUGCAAGGUGAAAGGGAAAGAAGAAAAGCCAAAGGAAGAGGACCUGCAGAAGGAAGCUGAAGAAGAGUUGGUCGAAGAGAUUGUUAUAGUUGAGGAGGAAGAGGAGGAGGAAGCAUUUAGUGAGGAUGAGGUUAUUGAGGAAGAAACAAAGAUGGAGGAGUUGGCAAAGAAGAAGAAAGGAGAAAAUCUCGAGAAAGCUGAGGAGACACGAGAGAUGGAGGAGUUGGCAAAGAAGAAGGCCGAAGAAGAUCUCAAGAAAGCAGAGGAGAGCCGGCAGAUGGAGGAGUUGGCAAAGAAGAAGGCCGAAGAAGAUCUCAAGAAAGCAGAGGAGACCCGGCAGAUGGAGGAGUUGGCAGAGAAGAAGAAAGAAGAAGAUCUCAAGAAAGCUGAGGAGACACGAAAGAUGGAGGAGUUGGCAAAGAAGAAGGCCGAAGAAGAUCACAAGAAAGCAGAGGAGACCCGAUGGCUUGAAGAGGAGCUGCUAAAGAAGAAGGCAGAAGAAGAGCAGAAGAAAACUGAGACUCGACUGCUGGAAGAGGAGUUGGCAAAGAGGAAAGAAGCAAUGAAGAAACGGGAUGAGAUGGAGAAGAUGGAAGCUUUGCAGGCUGAAAGAAAGAAGGAGGCCGAGUUGGAGAAAGCAGAGAAGAAAAGACAACUUGCGGAGUGGAAGUUGGAGGUGGCAAAGGCAGCAAAAGCAGCUGAAAUGAUCAAGGCAAGACUCAAGGAGAUGGAAAAAGAGGAAGCUGAGGAGAGGUGUCCAAAAAGAAAAGCAGAAGACUGCCAGAGCAUGCAAAGCAAGAAGAGCACUACAGAAGGCACCAAUGAGAAGAAAACCAGCGACCUUGGUGAAGAGGAAGCAGAGGAUUUAGAUGCCGAAAGUGAUUUGGACCCCACUGCGCAGAACAAGCGCUUGAAGGAGAAAGGCGUCUUCCACGACACAAAACCCUUGUUUGAGAAACUGCCUGACUUGAAGACCCUGGAUCAGGAGCAAGAAAACAGAGAUCGCAUGGACCACUUGCUGGAGGAGCAGAAGAACUUGAGGCAGAAGGAGAGAACAGCCAAGAAGGAAGCAAGUGGCAAGGGUAAAGGAAAAGGAAGGGGAAGGGGAAGAGGACGCAAGGCCAAGGAGGCUGAGGACGUUAAAGAGGAUGAUGCAGUUGCAGAGGACGCUGACCCGGAGUUAGAUUACGAAAUGGAAGCAGUGGACAAAGACAUGAGAAUGGAGAGGGACCUUGGACUGGUGGACGGUGACAAGCCUGCAAAGGCAGCCAAGAAGAAGAGGAAAACUGGUGAUGCCGAAGGGAAAGACAAGCCCUUGGAAAGCGGCCAAAGCGCCCCAAGCGAUGUGAAGCCCAAGCGCAGGCGACUCAAAGACAAGGACAACAAGCAGCAAGAGACCAAGAACCACGAGGCUGCCAAAGAACAGGAGCCAAAGAAGGAAGACACAAAGAAGGAGGAAAAGGCAGAAUCCAAAGACAAGACGGAGGAAGUCCGAGACAAGAACAUUGCCAACGUCCGGAAGCUUGCCUCACUGGAUCUGGGAUACCAGCUUCCAAGUGAGAAGAAACUGGCUGAUGGGAUGCCGGGGCUUUCGGGGUCCUUCUAUGUCACUAAGCCUCAUGCCGUGCUGCUGGAAGCUACCAACAAGAAAUUCGAUAAGGCGAACUCCAAGGAUGGUGUGACCAUUACUUGGGGAGUUCAUGGUGGCAUUGUGGCUGUGGCACAUGGCCUGUUAUUUGGCCGGCUGGCGUUGGACUAUGCAGACUUUGUGGCAGCGACAUCCUAUCAAACUUACACCCGCGUUGGGCGCUCAAUCAACCCGGGUUGGGACAGGAUUGCAAUUCGUGCGCUUAUGCUUUUGAUCUUGGCAACAUCCAGAGGGGUGUGGGUAACGUUGGAGCAGCCGGCGUCAAGUACUAUGCAUUACUUGCCCGACUUUGUGGCCAUGAGAAAAGGUGCUUGGUCGAAGGGAAACCUCCGGAAAUCCCCAAGCAAUCACAGUGAAGCUAGUGAGGUUGCUGUGCCGAGUUCGCCAGGCCUUGAAGCUGCAUCUUUGAUGCCUUGCAAGAGAAUCGUUGUGAAGAAGAUUAUCGGAAAGAAACGAGCUAAAGAACCUUCAAAGGGAGAGGAACGCCACAUGACCCCUGAGUAUGAUAUGGGUGGAUAUAGCCAGUGGCGUGAAACUGCUUGGCAAGAUUAUGGCCAGAGUUGGAGAUGGCCCCCCUACAGCGAUUGGACACCAUCAGACUAUGGCUCUGGUGGAUGGAGGAAUCCUGACUAUGAAGCCUCUGAACCAGCAUCAACCUCAAAACAAUCAACCGCUUCUACUGUCUUGAGUCUGAGUAGGGCCUCUACCCAGGAGAUCCUAGACAUCCAAGAUGAUCUACGCAGGUGCAACACUGGUGACCAACUGCAAGCCACAUUCAAUGAGAAGUUGGAUGCAGUUGCUGACCAAAAAGACAAGGGGACCGAAGGAGACGUAGAGAUGACUAGGAAGAAAAUGGCAGAGAUGAAGCUACAGGAGUUGCAGAAGCGUAUUGAGCAGGAAGAGCAAGAAAUGGAGCUGACAAAGAAGAAAGCCGAAGAUCUCAAGAAAGCAGAAAGGGAAGAGACCCGAAAGAUGGAGGAGGCGUUGGAAGCAAAGAGGGCAGAAGCAGCUAUGAAGGAAGCACAGGCCCAAGAGAUUCUAGCAAGGCUGACACAGAAGAACGCAGAAGAGGAGCUCAAGAAAGCAGAAGAGACACAAAAGAUGGAGGAGGAGUUGGCAAAUAAGAAGGAAGAAGAUCUCAAGAAAGCUGAGGAGACACGAAAGAUGAAGGAGUUGGCAAAGAAGGAAGAAGAAGAUCUCAAGAAAGCAGAGAAGACCAGGCAGAUGGAGGAGUUGGCAAAGAAGAAGGCUGAAGAAGAUCUCAAGAAGGCAGAGGAGAUCCGGCAGAUGGAGGAGUUGGCAAAGAAGAAGGCUGAAGAAGAUCUCAAGAAGGCAGAGGAGACCCGGCAGAUGGAGGAGUUGGCAAAGAAGAAGGCUGAAGAAGAUCUCAAGAAGGCAGAGGAGACCCGGCAGAUUGAGGAGUUGGCAAAGAAAAAGAAAGAAGAAGAUCUCAAGAAAGCAGAGGAGACCCGGCAGAUGGAGGAGUUGGCAAAGAAGGAAGAAGAAGAUCUCAAGAAAGCAGAGGAGACACGAAAGCUAGAUGAGGAGUUGGCAGAGAAGAAGGCCGAAGAAGAUCUCAAGAAAGCAGAGGAGACCCGGCAGAUGGAGGAGUUGGCAAAGAAGGAAGAAGAAGAUCUCAAGAAAGCAGAGGAGAGCCGGCAGAUGGAGGAGUUGGCAAAGAAGAAGGCUGACGAAGAUCUCAAGAAGGCAGAGGAGAGCCGGCAGAUGGAGGAGUUGGCAAAGAAGAAGGCUGAAGAAGAUCUCAAGAAGGCAGAGGAGACCCGGCAGAUGGAGGAGGAAAUGGCAAAGAAAAAGGCUGAAGAAGAUCUCAAGAAAGCAGAGGAGACACGAAAGCUAGAUGAGGAGUUGGCAAAGAACAAGGCCGAAGAAGAUCUCAAGAAGGCAGAGGAGACCCGGCAGAUGGAGGAGUUGGCAAAGAAAAAGAAAGAAGAAGAUCUCAAGAAAGCAGAGGAGACCCGGCAGAUGGAGGAGUUGGCAAAGAAGAAGGCUGAAGAAGAUCUCAAGAAGGCAGAGGAGACCCGGCAGAUGGAGGAGUUGGCAAAGAAAAAGGCUGAAGAAGAUCUCAAGAAGGCAGAGGAGACCCGGCAGAUUGAGGAGUUGGCAAAGAAAAAGAAAGAAGAAGAUCUCAAGAAAGCAGAGGAGACACGAAAGCUAGAUGAGGAGUUGGCAAAGAAGGCAAAAGAACUGGAGGAACUGAAGAAAAAAGCCAAGCAGGCCCGUGAGGAGCUGGCAGUGGCAGAGAGGAGACAGGAUAAUACACCGGAGGAUUCCCAGACCAGAUCCGAGCACCCCGAUCGAGCUGAGAAAAAUGGGCAGGGAAGCCCACGGGAGAUCAACAAAUGGUGGCUUUCUGGAUCCUGCGUCAGUAAGUCUCUGAACUCAGUACUCUAUGAUGCUUGGGCAUCAUGCGGUGAGGGCAAUUGGACGGAAAGCAAGUUUCUGAUGAAAAUUCGGGAACGACAUUCCACCAAAAAGCGUGGCGUCCGCCGAUGGCUUACAGCCACCGAGAUGAAUGCAAGGUUCGGAGAGGAUUUGGCAGAGCAAAUCCGAAACCGAAAGCUUCUUGACAAGGAACUCAAGGCCAAAGAAGUCAGGGCUCAUCCAGAGCUUCCAGACAACGAGGAUCUUCGGCAAUUUCUGACUCUCGUUGAUGAAGCUGAGGAGGAAGAGCACGAGGAAUCGAUCGACAGGUUGUUUUCCUGCCUUGAUGCAAGCUCCUCUUCCUCAUCAUCUUCGAGCUCGUCAAAGUCCAAGGGAAAGAAAAAGAAAGAAACUAAGGAGAAGUCCACAAAGUCUAAGAAGCCUGGAAAGCUUGCCAAAAAGACGAUCAAGAAGGACAAAGAGAAGAAGUCCAAGAAGGAGGAGCCUAAAGAAAAGAAGACAAAGAAGACUGAGAAGCAAGUGCCUGUGAAAGUGGAGGAGGAAGACACCAACAAAGAAGCAGAGAAGAAGCUGGCAAAGGAUGCAAAGAAGGCAAUUUCUGACGCCAGCGGCAAGUUGAAGUGGGCAAUUAGCCUUUUACCCAACCUGUCCAACAUGUGCUUUGCUCAGAGUGAGAAGUACGCCGCGUCGAUCCGACAGGACUGUGACGAGAAGAAGGAUUUACUGGUGAAGCGCAAUGCUCUUCAGAAAGCCAUCGACGAGGACAAGGUGACGCAGGCUAUGGUUGACGAGUGCUGCGAGGCACGCCGAGGUUUGGAGACUGCUUGUGAGCCGCUCAAGGGCAAGAAAGCCAAAAAGGUGAUGCCGCUAAUGGUGAAGGCCCUUUGGAGCAGGACCUUGCAGAAAAGAUUGCGUCAUGAAGCCGCUGGAAACACUGGGCAGUGGACUGCCAAACUUGCUCACUAUGCCUCCGGCAAUGAGAGUCGGGAUUUCUACCGUGCAACAACUUUGCCAUUGGACACGUGUCAAACCGAAGUGAAGUACUUUGAUUUCGGGGUUCUGGUUCUUGCUUCUCGGCUUGAAGUCAGCCAUGUGCGCAGGACCAACCGCUUGAGCUGGGUGAUGAUCCCAAAGUGGCAU